AAAGAGGGCCCAAAAACAAGAAAAGAAGAGCCGGAGAAAAGUUGAGCAAUAAUGAUUAUUUAUUUGCACAGUGAAGACUGAAAUGGCAAUUGGCAAGUUCACAUUUUGAUGAAAAAGAUCGAAUCGAUUCCGCUACAUCUUAUUUUUCAGACACCAAUCUAAUUAAGCUCUUUAACUUUCCUAUUUUCUUUAGUUUACUGUCUCUUUCCUUUGUUUUGUCUCUCAACAAAAUGUCCAACCCAUCUUCUAUAACUGCAACUGCAGCUCUUCUUCUCUCACUCAUCUCUACUGUCACUUCCCAUUACUCUUCCUCCACCUUCUCUUCUUCCCCACCGGCGCCACAGUCCACCGUCUGGCACUCCGCACGCGCCACUUACUACGCCGCUUCGGAUCCUCGCGACGCCGUCGGCGGUGCUUGUGGGUAUGGAGACCUAGUCAAGGCUGGGUACGGUAUGGCGACUGUGGGUUUAAGUGAAGCUUUGUUUCAGCGUGGACAGAUCUGCGGUGCUUGUUUCGAGUUAAGGUGUGUGGACGACCUGCGGUGGUGUAUACCUGGGACAUCUAUCAUUGUCACCGCCACAAAUUUCUGUGCUCCAAAUUAUGGGUUCACGGCGGAAGGCGGUGGGCGUUGUAAUCCUCCUAACAAACACUUUGUACUUCCCAUUGAAGCUUUUGAAAAGAUUGCUAUUUGGAAAGCUGGCAACAUGCCUGUCCAGUAUCGAAGGAUAAAGUGCAGAAAAGAAGGAGGUGUACGAUUCACCAUUGAUGGCUCAGGGAUCUUCGUGUCAGUUCUCAUCAGCAAUGUUGGAGGCGCUGGUGACAUAGUUGCAGUUAAGAUUAAAGGUUCAAGAACGGGGUGGUUACCGAUGGGUCGGAAUUGGGGACAAAAUUGGCAUAUAAAUUCUGAUCUAAGGAAUCAACCACUUUCAUUUGAGGUCACUAAUAGUGAUGGUCUUACACUUACAUCUUACAAUGUUGCUCCUAAAAAUUGGAACUUUGGCCAAACUUUUGAAGGAAAGCAAUUCGAGGCCUAAGAUGAAAGAAAAGCAUCAUCAUCAACAAUAAUGUAAUGUUGGUUAUUAUUUAUUAUAUAUAGAGAGACAAGACUGUCCUAUUCUUUUCUUUCUUUUUGUUUAUCUGUUGUUUUGUACUGAUUGGGGAUGGAAAUGGAAGGGUAGAAUUGGCGACUUUUUUUAUUGUGUGUAAGGACUUAAAAUAGCAGGAUAUAUCAAUUUUGCCCAAAAUUUCCAUUUUUUCGUA